AUGCAGACUCCAUCAUAUGUGGAUACGGAAGGCCCCGAUGAUCACAACCACGAGAAGAGCGACCCAGGAUCCAAGGCGGAGGAGCCUCUCACCGCUACGUCUGAACCUGUGUCUUACCCGGAAGGUGGACUGAGUGCAUGGAGGACUAUUUGUGGCGUGUAUGUAUGUGCCCUUGUACAAUUUUCCACAUUCGGGUAUACAAAUGCUUAUGGUGUUUAUAAUGGUAAACUCCUUCGUACAAUCUUGCGCGGCUCAUUCAAAUUUUUCGCAGACUUUUAUGUGCGAGAAUAUAUGACGAAUAUAUCCUCAUCUCAGUUGAGUUGGAUUGGGAGCGUGCAGCUCAUGCUUGUGCUCUCCGUUGGUCUAUUCAGUGGAAGGCUAUAUGACACCGGGUACUUCUAUCAUCUAAUGAUAGGCGGCGCCUUCUUGUUCGUUUUCAGUCUCUUCAUGUUAUCGCUCACGGCACCGGGACAAUACUAUCAAGUUUUUCUUGCCCAAGGUAUCGGAGCCGGCCUCGCGAUAGGCAUCAUGUACAUUCCGGGUAUCGCAGUAGUGUCGCACUAUUUUCAGCGUCGUCGAACGUUUGCCAUGGGUAUCGCAACUUCGGGGUCCGGCUUGGGAGGUGCGGUCCAGCCAAUUAUGUUGAACCGGCUAUUUUAUGGCCGUGUGGGGUUCCAUAAUGGUGUACGAAUCAGCGCUGCGUUCAACGCCGGGGUCUUGAUUAUCGCUCUACUACUCAUGCGCACGAGACUGCCACCGACCCCGAGGAAAGAUGGCAGCACGCUUUUACACAUGCGUGCAUUCUUUCGAGAGGGUCCGUAUAUUGCUACCGUCGUGGGAACUAUGUUUAUCCUUGCUGGCCUCUACUUUCCCAUCUUUUUUCUGCAGUUGAGCGCUAUCAAAAACGGCAUCAACGCCAACUUGGCGUUCUACGUGCUACCAGUACUCAACGCUUUCACAAUUCUUGGUCGAGUCAUACCCUCCCUGUUCGUUCAUCGAAUGGGUAUUUAUAACUUUAUGAUACCAUGCGUAGCAUCGUGCUCUGUACUGAUAUACUGCACGUUGACGGUGAAAACAGUCGCCGCUACUUAUAUUAUCGCCCUUCUUUAUGGUCUCUUCGUUGGUGCUUAUCUCGGCUUCCUAGCGCCCAUGGUUGGCUCGUUGGCUAAACGAGAUUCAGAGAUAGGUGCACGUAUGGGCAUCUGCUUCACGUUCACUGGUUUCGGAGGUCUCGUUGGGAAUCCUAUUUCUGGAGCGUUGUUGACUUCAUCCUAUAUAUGGUGGCGACCCAGCCUGUUCGCUGGGUUGUGCGUCACAUGUGGAGCCAUUCUUUUCACAUUUGCGCGCUUUGGCGUGGCCAGACAGAAGGGUACUCACAGAGUGUAAUCUGGAAGCGGACUGGAAAAAUGUUGUUGUCGUGAUGGAGUUCGCGGUGGUUUAUUUAUCUAGACCUUAUCAGGUAGGGUUCGACGAGAUGUGUGUUUGACGAUUCGGUGACUGUAGUGCUUACAUGGUAGUACCCAAUGAGAAUAGGCAUGAUUCAGAUCCGCCAAAAGCCUUGGAG